GGCUCCAAUCGCAACGCAAAGUUAUGGCACUACUUUUCUGCAGAUUUCAAAACCUUUUCCUAGUUCUGAGAUGAUUAAAUAUAGUCUAUUCUAUCACUUUAUGUAUACAUGACAGUUACAUCUGUCACAGAGGAGUGUUUUUACCAUUACAAGAACAGUCUUGGUUGUGUUUCCAUGGAAACAGUAUAAACAUGGAGUUCAUGGGUAGCAGUUAUGAUGGAGAUUACAAAAAUGGCAGGAUGGAGGGGAUGGGCAGCUACACAAUCCCCACUCACACUAGAUAUGUCGGAGAGAUGAAAGACGGCAUGUUCCAUGGAAAAGGAGCGCUGCAUUUCCCCAAUGGAAGCAAGUAUGAGGGAACUUGGGAGAAAGGAAUAUCCAAACAGGGAAAAUACACAUUUUCUGACGGCCUGGAGUAUAAAGAGACUGACUGGGAUUACUGUGAUGGCACAGACAGGCAGUUCUACUCUGAGAGGUGUAAUGGCCUCAAACCAGCAGGAGAAUCCCAGUUAGCUGAUCGGGACCCCCCGCGGCUCAUCCCUGAUGGUUGCUAUGACAGCGGCGAUGGCUUUUAUGAUCCCAACACCAGGGUCGUCAAAGACUAUGAUGGCAAUUUUCUCAGGAAUGCAGAUGACCAAGAACACGAGUGGAUUGUGCGGACAUGCAGGAAGAGCUGGGAUGAGUUCAUUGGCCACUAUCCAAGAAGCAGCACACUAGAGGAGAAGUGAGAACACACACACUGUUCAUACGGAUGUCAUCUGAACAUUAAUGCAGCUUUGUUACAUUCAUUUGUUUAUUUCUUCAAU